AACAAGUCAGGAUAAAUACGUGUUUUGCAUGUAAACUUAUACAAUGGUAUUGGAGGACUCGAUCUAUACGAUGUGAUAUACCAUAAAUGAUAAAUGAAGAUAAAUAUCACGAUUAUAAGCGUAAAGUUAAGUACUGGUUUUAUUCUGCAUAUAUGAAUGCAGUCCUUGGUGAAUGAAAGAAAACAUGUGCGAACAGCAAAAAUAGGGCAUAGAGCGAGAGAAUCGGGAAUAAGAUACAUUUGUUUUGAUCUCAGAUUUGUUGCAAUCGAAUGACUGACUCUGAGUGGAUCAUGUCAGAGCUUUACUUUAAGGAAGAUGCCAACUAGGAGAGCAUUGCGUAUUGCAUUGUUGCAUUGUACACUAGGAGUGCAAACAUCAAGUGCAUUGCAGAUUGGGAGUGUUAACCAGGAGUGCAAUGUGUACUAGGAGUACAUUGCCUAUUAGGAGUGCAUUGUACGGAAAUGGAAAGAUGUACAAGCUACAAUCGGGAUUGAUCGAAGCGGAGAUAUGGUGAUUGAACCCAGAGGAUAGAAUAAUUGAGUGAAUCGACAAAUAGCAGAACAUUUACGGGCAGGUUGAAUUAACUUUAAUGAACUAAUGCAGCAUCGAAGAACAUUGUUAAUGAUGCUGUGAAGAAACGUCAUCACAUCCAGUCGAUGACCUUCAUCAGGUGACCUUAUUAAAGGGGUACAAACUGUUGAGAACGGGGAUUUAUAUUGUCACACCUUAGCGUUGGAUAUUAUACUUAACUUAAAGGGGCACACACUGUUAGGAACGCGGGUUUCUAUUGUCACACCGUUGGACAUUAUGAUUAAAGGGCCUCUACGUUGAAUAUAUUAAUUUAAAUGGCUACACACAAUUAAGAACUGAGAUGUCUUAUAUCAUACCUUUACGUUAGACAUAUUAUUUAAAGGGACACACACGACUAAGAACGGAGAUUUUUUAUGUCACACCUUCACGUUGGAUAUAUUAAUUAAAGAGACACACACUGUUCACUGCCUUCACGUUCACAUCUUGUUGCCUUGGACAGAUUAAAGGGACAUACUAGUCUCCACCUUUAUCACGUGACACUAAAAUAUGCAGCUCAGGUUACUACUGAACUUCAAAUCCUAAUUACUUAAUGCAUUUGAAGACAUUUAUUAGGAUUAACUGAAACGUUGGGAUUGCACUGGGGCCUACGAUCAUUUUAUUCACCAAAGUAGUAUUUGAAUUAACGUAUACAAUGCAUAACAUCUUACACUUUGUUUCACAACAAAUUUUGGAUUAGACCCAGUGUUUUAUGGCAACUGCCUAGGAAAUUAUAUAUAGGAUGUUAGUAUAUUAGUUCGAGGCAAUCACGAUUCAAAUGCCGUCAUUGUUCCCAAAACUAUUAAAGGUGAGAGCGGGCAAUCUACUGGCGAUCUUGUGCUUCUUAAGUAUCUUUAUUUACGUUACUUUUAUGAUGGAUGGGCCCAACGAUAGCGUCCAGGAGGCAUAUGGGCAGCAACAACUACCAUACAGGUGUGAAAAUAUUAAUGAUAUUAAACUUAUAAGAAAGCUAGGUGAAGGUUUAAGUAAAGAGGUAUUUGAAGGGAUGCAUUAUGAUGGCUACCAUGGCAACAGAGUUGCAGUUAAAAUGGUUACCGAUGAAGUCCAGGUGGUUGCUAGGUGUUUGAAUCACCUGGGAGAAGAUGAAGAUAGUCUCCGUUGUUUUACAUUCCCUGCCAUGAGACUUAUGAAGGAAAUACUCAUCCUUCAGCAGCUCAAACAUCAAAACAUUGCCCGGUUGCUAGGUUACUGUCUCCAUAGUGACCAGUUUAUGACGACAAUGGAUACGAACGUUGAUUUAAAACAACAUGGCUUAGUUGCAAUCCACGAAUACGGCACCCCGAUCUCAAUCAGUGACAUCCUCAAUUGGUCACCCAACCAACAACUUCAUGUUAUAACUGAACUACUCGAUUUGCUCAUCUAUCUGGACGACUCCCCUAUGGGAUCAGUCCUAGUCCCGGAAAUUGCUGAAAAACACAUAUUGCUUUCACUGGACGGUCACGUGAAACUAAUAGAUUUCGAGGACGUAACAAGUGAAGAGCCCGUGUGUUCAAAAAGGGAGCCCUGCAGGCACAGGGUUCCCUGUGUGAAAGGGACAUGCAAGGGGUUCAAUGCUAAAGAGAACCUUGAUAACAUGCAUGAGUUGAUACUGAGACAAUUGUUGCUGAACUCUGACAUACCAGACUUAGUUGGAAGUAUUGAUACCAUAGAACAUUAUAACAUCAAUGCAAGUCAGUUGAAAGACUUGGUGAUGAAAAAUAUGUGAAAGUCCUCGAUGUUUACAUCAUCUCCGAACGCAAAGGCACCCUCCACAAUUUGAUUCAUGAAUAUAUCAAGUGUGAAGGACCAGCCAUUGUGGAAGAUUUACACAGUAACAAUAUACAGAGCAGAAAUCAUAAGUCUAAGAAAUCAUUAAACAGGGUAUUAAAAGUUAUGUCUUCAGGGUAAAUUGUGCAAUCUUCACAAACGUUCCUCAUAAAUAUUACAGACAGUUGUACAUGUAGAUCAUUUUCAUUGAUUGUCGAGUUGAUUGAUGUGAAAAUGAAGUACUUGAUUGAAUAGAUAAAACAAGGGACCAAGAUGGGACAUGGAUCCAUGAUAUGACAUUCAUAUUUCAUCAGCAACAUCAUGUGUAAAUGAGAGUCUGACUUGUCCCUAUAAAUGCUUCAAUUGGGUUUGAUUGGUUUGAUAGCUUAUGACUGAUUUGCUCUCUCUGUAUAUUGAACAUUUUGCCAAGAAAAAAUGUUCAGUGUUGGUAGGUGUUCACUACAGAAGGUAAAUUAUACAGAAGUCAGUGAG